AUGGACAAGGAAGGCCGCUGUCUACUUGUGGACUUGGGCGGCCUCGCCAUCUUCAACGUGUAUGUCCCCAGAGUGCAGUGGCAAGAGGACGGUAGUGUCGAUGAAGAAAGGUUGCAGCAGAAGGUCAAAUUCUUGCGCCUCCUCCAGAUGCGCAUCGAGGAAGUUCGAGGACUUGGCAAGCAGGUGUUGGUCUGUGGUGAUCUGAACCUUACAUACCGCACAGCUGAUGUUGCACCUGCUCGCCUUUACCUCAAAGUUCAGGCGGGUUGUGUAUGUGGCAAGAAGGACUGGGCAUUGCCGGAGGACGCUACGCCUGGAUCUCACAUAUACGUGGCAGCUGCCCAUAGAGCUCUGCAGGCACAAGUGACGAUGACAGCGGAGAACGCCAAGAGUUGCCUGAAAGCUUUGGUGCACUGUCCGACGGGCUUCAGAGUUCCGAAUCAUCUGCCACCAGACAUGCCCUUGCUUCCCCUGGGUCGUGUCCUUACGGCGAUGACCAGGAUCAAGGGCUCUGAGACGAAGGUCGAGCGAUCGUCCUUACCCAAGCUCUGGUGCAGCACGGCUGUUUCAUCUGACGACGCCCCCCUGCGGUUCCUGGAAGGCCUUAGCGAUGAGCUGGUACUGCUCGAGUUCGGUGUGCCUUUCGAGGAGCUGGAGGUGGAGGGUUCGCUUCCCGACAGGGUGAGAGAGGCUCCGUGUGUGGACUGGCUUUUAGCCCUGCUGAGCCAGAGCUGCGAAGGCGAAGGCAGCGAAGCCUUCGUUGACACCUUCGCACUCUGCCAUGGAGCCGCUUGCCUGGGGCGGUAUAAGCAGUGGAAUCAACUCGCCAAUUCGCGCUUCUUGAACCUUGGGGCACGCCUGGACUAUAUCCUUUGCGAUACUUCUAUGCAGAAGCAUCUGGUGAGGACUCCGACCUCGGAUCUAGCCGGCUCAUCGUCGCUACAUGCAGCCGAGACAGCAGAGGCGGCAAAAAGCGCUGCGACAUGCUUCGGGGCCUGGCACAGCGCCCCCGCGUGCGGGCGUCUGAGGGCGUCGAAAGACGACGAUGAUGGGUUGGGCUUGCAGAAGGAUGACAUGCGGCUGAACAACUCGCAGUUCCGGUCGCCACACACGGGCAUCUUGUACACUCCUCCGAGGUACUCGGACCACGUCCCUGUUUGCGCACGCUUCGAAGGCGGCAUUUGCCAAGAUUUGUUGAGCCGACAUGUGAAAAUGGACGGGGUCGCCCGAGCGGCAGCUUGCACCGCGGCUGCCCCUGCCACAGCGCUCCGCGCCGCCUCAUUCCCCUUCCCCGUCGCACCGGGCCUUCCUGCUGGAGGCACAGAGCUCAGCGACCGGAUGCCGCGCCCCGGGCCACCGGAUCUUCGGCUGAGUCCAUAUUCCGAGCGCAGCCCACGCUUGAUAGCGGACGGCUUUUACGAGGGCCCUUUGUGGGCGCCACAGCGCGGAGAUGCCUGGGAGCUGCGAAUGCUGCGAACAGCUCUUCAGGCCAUGGUCCGGCAAGCGGCCUGCGAUGCUGAGGCUGAGGAUGCCAAGGCGAUGCUCGGUCCCGGUGCUGGGGCUUGCGGCCUCCCAGCCUUCUUCAGAUGCCUCGAUCCCCUGGAGAAGGGCCAUGUUCUGGACACCGACCUGUUGGAGUUGGUGAAGGAGCACGAGGCGCCCGUGUCCUACGCGAGCCUGUGCUCUCUGGUCCACGAGGCAAACCUGCGACGCGGAGGGCGUCCGCUUGGCUAUCUAACAUUCCGGGACCUCGGGAAGCUGAUCUAUCCUUUGCAGUCCAAGGAACACAAGGCAAUGUGCGAUUCCGCCACAGACGACGAAGCCAAGUCGAUCCUGUACCUGCUGCAGUUUUCGGAGCCAUGCCCACGCUGUGGUUUCCGAAUUCAGAGAGACUCGGACUCUUCGGCGUGCCCGAACGUGGUUUGCAGCAACUGCGGAGCCGCUUUCAGGUGCUUCGUCGUGGCAAGGCCCUUCCUUGAUGCGCCCAAAGCAACCGCUGCAGAUCGUUACACUCUCUGCAGACUCGUUGCGGCUGUGGCCCGCACGGCGGAGAACCUGGAGCUUGACCGGAAGAGAUUGGCUGCACAUGCAGGUUUCGAUGAAGCCUGCAUGAAGGAGGUCUUCUAUUACAUUUCUUCGGGACAGCCUACCUUCGACAUCGUGGGUCUGCGGCAGGCCUUCAGGGAUCAGCAGAUUCCCGUGGCUGAGAAGGAGUUAGAUCUUAUGUGGCAGCGCUAUGCCACAAGCUUUGGAUCGGGAGUGUCCCUGGAGCACUUUCAGCGUCAACUGAGAUACGACCCCAUGUGGACGCCGGAGAGCUGCACAGCAACGAGCAGGCUACUUGUGGCAGUGGUGCAGACCAUGCUGCGGCAAGCAACGACUGAUGUAGCCGCUGAAGAUGGCAAGGCACUGCGACCGUCAUGUCCGCUUUUGGCUUUGUUCCGGAGCUUGGAUCCGACCGGCCAGGGCUACCUAAUGGACAUCGACAUCUGGCAGUUGGUGCAAGACUUCCGGGGCUCCUGCACCUUCUCCAGCAUCUGUGCUAUGGUACAAGAAGUUCAGCUGCGACGUAGGUGCGACGAAACCAGCCAUCCGGGUCGUCUAUCUCUGAGAGAGUUCGGGGUGCUCAUGUAUCCGGUGGACUGCAAGGAGUACGAGGCGCUUGGAAGAUGUCCCAAUGACAUUGAAGCGAAAUCGGUGCUGUACGUUCUCCAGAACUCUGAGACUUGCCCAACCUGUGGGCUUCGGGUGCAGCGUGACUCAGAUGCCACGAACUGUCCCGAGGUUCGGUGCCCUUCGUGCGGGACCAUUUUCCGCUGCACGAUCGUGAGUAGCACGUCUUCAGGCUGGGAGGACGAGACAGGGGCCAGUCGCUUGUCCGUGCAGGCCCGAGGGCAGCUGCACCGCACCAUCACAGCAGCAGCAGUUGCUGCUGAGGAGCUGGAAAAAGACAGGCUUCGGCUCGCUCAAUUCCUUGGCCAUGACAUCACCGCAUUGAGUGAUGUCUUCAGUUUUUUGGCACAGGGCCGCCAAGGCUUCACACUUCCUGAUUUCAGGCGUGCCUUGACACACCUCCAGCUUCGAGCAUCAGAGCGUGAUUUGUUCCUGAUCUGGCGGCGAUAUGCGCAGCCGGGUGCUGGGCCGAGACAAGUGUUUUCCAAGCGCCGGGUCGGGCGGAUGGCUGCGGAGCCUCCCCUCGUCGUGCCGGAUGUUCUGCUGGCAGUGGACACUUCCUCGUUGAAAGGCCUGUUGGAGGCCAUCCUCGCUCGACUGCGACUGUCAGAAGCCUCGCUUGCGGAGCUUCAGAACGAACGACAUCUUGACUUGCCAAAGCAGGGCUUGGUGGCUCGCAUCGACAAAUUGGAGCUGGAAGUAGACGCGCUGUUGAAUGACGAGAUUCCGGGCGUUGAUGGAGCCAACUGUCCAAGUCCAAGAUCACUCCGAUGGGAGAGCUGCAUGAACGAUCUCAGACAGGGCAUCAGCCGCUGCGAGGCACGAAUCGAAGAAACGGAGGGGUGCAUUCGCGAGAUGCACGAGGCCACCCAGCAAAAUGCACACGACUUUGAGCUGCUGCAAGCUCGACUGAACGGCCUGGGACGUUCGGUGGACAUGCGAUUUGCGGAGACUGGUGGCAAAGUGGACCAGCUCGGCGAGGUGGUGGAGGAACAUGGUUCCGAUAUCGAAGACCUGAAAGUCAAAAUGCAAGAAGCUUUCAAUUCACUCCAGAAGCUUGACCUCAGCAGCAUGAAGGAAGAGAUGGACGCAGCAGUGCGCAGAAUGGAGCGGAGGCUUUUCGAUGAGAUGCAGGAACUGUCUGCGGAGCUCCGAGAGAAGCAGGAGCAGACCCGCCAGGAGUUGGACAAGGUCGUUUCGAGGUUCCGCACGCAGUUGAAUGACCUCGUGGAAUCUGCCCUCGAAAACAUGCGGCACAGCCUGGGGCAGAAGGUUCUGAUGCUGGAUACCAAUGAUGAAAUGGUGGCAGCUGGAACAACAAGGAACUGCAUCUCAUGCUUUAAAGAUAGAUCCCAAUCUCCUGGUCGUGGUACGAUAGGAACCGAUGGGCAUGUGUACCAUCACGCGCAAGAGGCCAAAGAGCGUGAAGAGGCUCAGCAUGAAAGGCCAAUGUCGGCAAAGAGGUAUGGCAUCAGCACUGCUGUUGCAGCACGCGAGUACUCCACCAGACCUGGGCGUGCAUGUCAACCGCGUCCUGUAUCCAGCAGAGGUCGCAAUCCGGAGCGAUAUGACGUAAUGCUGGAGAAUUACUCCCGCAUGCUUGCGCGGGGCAACGAUAAGAGCAUCGGCAAGCUCGUCGGCAUUCAGGAAAUCCGUGCUCCUCCGGGAUCUGCGGAUGCAGGACGUUUGCAGCUUCGUGUAUCGUUUUCUUCACAAGUCCAACAAUGCACAACUUGGGUAGCCCGCUGCGAGACGGAGAGCUGCCAGGCAAAGUGGCGAGCUCUAUGCUCCCUGUUGCCCCAUCGCGAGAUGCAGUGCAAGAUGGAGAAGAAGAGCUGGGAACAUCUUCGAGCUGGCAUCCGAAGACAUCGACAAGCUCAGCUCCGCUGCCUCGACUGGUCGCAAGCUGCUGAGACCCUGAAAGAAGAGCAGAUCUGA